UAGUAGGGAGAAGAGUAGUGCAAAACCCUGAAAGGCGCUCGCUCCACUAGAACUAGGCUCGAUAAGUAGGUUUAAGAACACGUAUGAGCUACAGAAACAUGAUAGCCACCGGGGAGGCUAACAAACCGGGGUAGUUGAUGGUUGCAUCAGGUGCAGGUGAUGGGCGACAAUUUCACGUGCCACCUUCUGCCUAGGGCUGCAGACUCGCGUGACGCUGCACGAUUUCAAAACUCGGCCCAAACAACUCUCACCCCCGAAGUGCGCCGGGUACAACUCUCCUGCCAAUCAUCGUCUUCAACGAGGGCUUCACCUAGAAGGUCGUGAGAACAAUCAGCGCCAUUUGUUCUUCGUCAAGAUGUAGGGAAGCUGAAUUCCGCAAUCGGCACGACACCGUUGAUUUUCAUUCUCCUCAAUCCCGUGUCUUGGCGCGUGGCUGCGGUGGGGACCCCCUGAAUGUGCAGGAUGAGGACCUUUCAGCGGAGGAACAACAUUUUCGGUUUUAAUGUAGUUGUUGGUCCUUGUUCAUUUGGUUCCGCAGGAGGAGGACCCUGGUGCAUUGGAGGACCACUUGGAGGUAGAAGCUCGCUUGCAGCCACUAGAGCAAAGGUGCUGCUGCACAGCAUUUUUUUAGACCCACCAGUAGUUCUCGCGUGCACAAAGGUGUCGCGGCGGACGAUGUACGAGGAAACACUUGCAGCGAAACUCCACGGCCGCAAGCUGCGAGCACUCGUGCUUCAUCCGGUUUUCGUGUUUAUGUUCAUCGAUGAGAAAAAUAUCUUAGGCGACCAAGAAUAAGAAGAUAGAUGGACGAAAUUCUUGUUAUUUUCAUUCAGGAUCUUGUCUCUUCACUCUACUUGGGAUUGUUCAUCUCACGAGCAGGUAUAUUUUCCACCCUUCAUUCAUUCGGAGUCAAGGCCUCCUGGCGCUCGCCUGCAGCCUCCAGAGGACCAAGGAAGAGGAGAGCAAGGAUUUGAGGAAGAAAAUGGAAGAGUAAAAGAGAUAAGCAAUCCUAAAGAAAUCCUCCAAGAUCCACACACCUUAGC